GCAACGUGUGCCACAUUCAAAUCUGAACGGAACCCGGGUCAGCUUCUACAGAGUGCCGUAAGAAGAAAAACGAAAAAACGUGGUGUAACGCGCGAACAGAAAUUUAUCCCGCGCUUCGUGAUAGCUUUGAAAGUAUCUCGUCCGUAAUAAGAAUAAGAAAAUAUUCAUUCUAUCAUUAAUUUUGGAUGUAUGACUUUUGUUUUCACAUUCGUACGACCGUUCAUACUCGUGUGUUGUAGAGUGCAGUAACUCAAAAAAAAAAAAAAAUGGUGGCGCGUCUAUUCGUUCUUCCAUUCGUCAUCUUCCGUUUCGUCGUUUAGUCGUUUGUUUGUAUAUUUCUACGUACGCAACACGCGAGUGUUAUAUGUAUGUAAUUUAUGAGAGCGAAAGUGAGAAUACAGGAUUGUUGUAUUAGUGAAUGCAACAACGAGAGCACCACGAUAGACGUACAACGUGGUGAAUAAAUACAUUCACGAUCUCUCCAAGAGAUUCUAUCGAAUUGUUCUUACCUCCUAAAGCUUCUAUAUCUUUCCCCCUUCUCUAUCUCUUCUUUUACUGUCUUUCUCCCUUCUCUCUUGCCCCCUCUUUAUCUUUCACAACUCCCCUCUGCCCAUUCUUUCUUUUUUUUUUAUUUGAAAUUAAUUUUGUUAGAAUCUCGUUCCUUUUUCCUUUAUUUCUUUUGUGCGCGCGCGUACAAAUUUCGCGGCUCAACGUAUACCGGCAGUUAAUGUAAAUGUCACGAAUAAUAAGCAAAACUUGUGCCUUAGCCGUGGCAAAAAGGUGUCGCUCAAAGGGACAAAAUUAUGUGUAUGGACGUUCAGAGUAACGAGAAGAAGGAGAAGAUGACCGACAGGAUCGUCGAUGAGGAGGUGCAGAUAGUAGAAGCCCGCGUUACCAGAGUUUUUUGUUUCAGUUUUCAAGAUGCCUAAAACUAAUGCAGAGAAGUGUAAGGAAUAUCGUAAAAGAAAAAUGUUAAUUAAAGAAAUGUCUUCAACACAAACAAAAAAAGUUUCAGUACAAACAAAUGCAGAACGUUGUAAGGCAUAUAGGCUGCGAAGAAAAAUGGUUGAAGAAGAGCACCAAUUGUCUGUGAAUGUAAUUUCAUGUACUCCAUCUACUUCAAAUUUACUAAUGACUUCUGGACCAUCGCCUCAGCCUGUGAUUACCGCUACAAAAAUUGGUUUCGAUAAAGUUGUCGUUAAACAAGAACGUCCAGAUGAAGCGGAGAUCCGAGAAUUGGCUGCCAAAAUGGUGGAAGCGAACAAGGCGAAAAUGGUUUCGGCGGCGACGGCGGCAGGGGCAGGGGGAGGAGGGUCAGCACAGCAAAGAGGAGCAGCAGGGAGUCAGUGUUUAUCUUCUACACAAGGAAAUCUUCCUGGUAUCCUCGGAUAUUUAAACAAACGUCCGGCUGACUCGACUGUGGCCAAGACGACAGGUUCAAACAAUUCAACAGGGGAAGGUAAAAUUCCUUUGGACGAUGAAAGUCAAAGGGGUAGAUUUGGAUGGACCAGUUUCGACGAGUGUCACAUACCUUACAUAUUCCGUGCCGGUGAAAAAUAUUGCGCGGUACGAAUCCUAGAGUCUAAGCUCCUGAACAAGUACCUGAGUUAUCUGCACUCGGAUAUCUAUAGUUGUACGUGCAUAAGAAGUUACUAUAUUACGGAUGCCGAGAGUAGGCUUUUCAACGAGAUUAAUAUGAAGCAUUGCGAUAGUCUAUUUGGAAGGGAUCAGUUUUCAUGCAAGGAUCUUGUAGUGAGGUUAUCCGACGCUAAAGAAUUCUAUACGUUUUUGGACGUUUGUUAUACCAAGUUAACAGCCGGCGCAAGUCCAAACGUAUCUAGCAGGCAUAAGGCUGAGAAGUGUGGUUUCAUACGGAUUAAUAAGGAAUCAGUGGUUCCAUAUACAGUGAAGGACGGUCUUCAAUAUGUACCCUUAUUUUAUUUCGAGGGGGAAACGGAGAAUUUGAAAUUGAAAGCAGAAAAACUUGAAGGUUGGGACCUUUCGUAUUUGAAGUUUUGCUGCAAGGUACAGGGUAUAAGAAACGAAUUGUUCGCAAGUGAGACAUGCUCCGUGAUCAGUUUGAGUGAUAUUAAGAGUUAUUUUCCUCCCGACACGGGCUUCGAAGAUUAUUGGCCGAACAAAGUGAUGGAUUCUCAGUUGUUAGUGAGUAGCAAGGGUGGCGGGGGUGGUGGUGGAUGGACCAGACAACCUCCUACGCCACCAGUGUCAAAAACAUCCUCUGUACAAAAUAAUACGAGUAAGGCGAGCCUUAAUACGCGUGCGGGCCCUUUACAGACAAUAUUACCACGUGGAACUAGUGCUACGAGUGCUCAACAAACUCAGCGUGUUAGUCAACCAAGGCAAGCUUCUGCUGUGACCCAUCCUGCGCAUUCGUCACCGUCACCACUUCCUACGGGGAGAUCGAGCAUCGCUUCGCAACCGAUGUUGAACGUCGUACAAGGCGUUGUCAAUGGAUGGUCGGGACUCGUUGGCGGUCAACCGGCUUUUCAAACAGCUCUGGUCUCUCAGGCUAGUUCCCUUAUACGUACGCCACCUCCGUUAAGUAUGCACAAUGUAUCUGCGCCAAGUAAAACCUAUACCACUCAUCAAUUAAGGAGUAGAGGGGGUGGUGGCGGAGCAACAGCUCAGUACCCUGGAGUUUAUCCAGUUACUACUAUGCAAGCCGUAGCUCAGGCCCAACCACCCCCUCUCGUUAGAGCAACGGCGCACACUAGUCAACCUAAUCUUGGUUAUCCGACUUAUGGGAAGGAUGACUGGGUAACUACGACAUAUACGACACCUUCGUUGGGUGUUCCUGAUGGAGUCACGGCCAGAACAUAUCCUCAAAUGAUUGGCUUAAGUGAACAGGUACAAGCCCUUAUGCCAGCUCCUACAACAGCGUCGACAUUAUUAUCACGUCAGCAAAGGCAUACACCACCAGUACACAAUACAUCCCAUACAAAAUAUCCACCACCUUUAAUACCAGUAAAUGGAGGUAAUAAUAGUUCCAGGGACACGAGAGGAAGGAAAGCUUUGAUAAAUAUCGCGGAACCGUCAAUAUCGAAUUGCCAAGCGCAACCAUACCAAGUUCAAAAGGCAUUAAUAGAAGACAAAAUGGUACCUUGUAUCAACUUUAAACCAUACAUCUACUCAGAAUUAUUGAUGACGCUUCCAGAUUUUGUGUCUAAUUAUUUUCCUGCUUGUGACAUUAACAGUUGUAGACAAGUUCUUACGGAUGUCUUAAAUAUAGAUCUAUAUCAAGGGAAUAGACUGCAAAUGAAAAUGUUGAUGGAUGCAGGCAAAUGUUCUUCUCUAAACGAAGAAUUACCGCUAAUUCAAGUAGGAAAUAUUAUGAAGUACAUGCCUCAGUUUAAGUACAUGUUUAACAGAGAUGAUAUGGUAAUGCCUGCACCACCAGCACACUCUUCUGAAGAGCACCAACCGAAAAAACGACAACGCACUAGCUAGGACUGGCUACAGCCUUACUGGCCUAUGUACGAUUAUUAUCAUCCGGCGUUUUAAAUAAAGCCGACAAAAGAGGGAAGAACAAAGAAGAAGAAAAAAAUGAGACGCGUAAAAAAAGAAAAAAGAAAAAAUUCAUAAAAAUUUGUAUAUCGUAAGAUCUAUAAAAUCUUAAAGCAAGAAAAAGGAUAUUACGUACAUACUUGAUGAAUUAUUGCUGUGAGAGUAAUACUACGAGGAACACCUGAAUUUUUGUUUGUAGAAUACAAGAGAUCUGUGACGUCAUAGUCUGAAAGAAGAAGAGCCAUUUCUUUCUCCAAAGCAUAUCUUUAUACAUUAAUGAGAACAUUAAAAUGUUUGUAAAUAAAGUCAUAUAUAAUAAUAACACUGACAAAAUAUAGGCGGUUUGCGCGA